CGCUCGGAAACCGAGACAAGCCAGUCGCAAGCCGAGUGACGCUAGUGCGGCGGGUUGCGGACGAUUUUUUAUGCCUGUAGUUGUCGUGCAGCGCACUUUGUCGGUGCUUACUAAGGGUCUUUCGACCAAAAGCAGCGCGAGAAUAUCUGUAGGGUCAUUGGUCCAACGUCAGAAAGGAACUCGAGCUCUGCACGCGCGAUCGCCAUCGGCUAGCAGCAGUUUCGGGCGCUGUGUUGCAUUCCGUCACCCGUUCCUGUCAGGAUCCCGUUCCAGCGCGAGCCAAACAAUGUCGGAGUGCAGUAGCCUCGAAAGCAUUCCCGAAGUGAAGCUCGACAACGGACGUUUCAAGUACGUUCUCAUCAAAGUGCACGACAAGAGUGACCCCGACCGUACCAAGCUGCUGGUGCGGGGAUCCGCAUCGGCUACAUACCAUGCGGAUAUCUACGAGAGGGAGAUGAGCAAGAUAGAAAGCAACGCUGAAUUGGAGACGGAGUGCUUGGGUGGCGGCAGGAUCAUCCACAAUCCGGACUGCGGUGAGAUCAAGGUGUUCGGAUACUCCCAGGGAUACGGCCAGGCGGAUCACAGCAAGGCCGUGGAAAUACUGAAACGCAACUUCCCGGAGUACACGUCCAUUACGUGGUCCAACGAGGGAUACUAACCGUGACAAUACUUCGCACUGUAUUGUCAAUUGUAUAGCCCACUUAGUAAUUUAAAAUAAAGUAGCCACGACACCGUU